AUGCAUGUCAUGAAUUCCGCCAAUAACGGAGCAACGGCACCCGGUGCCGAACGACCCACGCUAUUACAACAUCCCUUUACCGCCCCACAAAGCUGGAAUGCAUCGUGUUGGCCACCGGCAUUUGCCACGGUCAUGGAAGUCCCACUCGCAUCGAUGGAAAAGGUCGAAAAAACAGUCUACACGGCAGCCGCCGUUCAAGGAGCAUCGCCUCAUCAUCCCGGACGUCCCACGUCGUUAAUGGGAUUGCAAGUAUGGGCCAAGGAAGGACGCGUUUGGAGAAUCACCACGCCAUCCUAUGCCGAUACGCUCCGCGCUCACCAGGCAUUGUUGACGUAUGCCUUUCCAGGAAGACGCAAUUUGGGCUAUCUCUUUGCCUUUGAAUCCAAACGAGCCGCGGUUGUCAAUAGUGUCGUGACGGAUCCGGCCACGGGACAGAAAACAGUCAGUUUGGCAUUGACGCGACGACGAUUCGAUGCACUGGUCGAAUUUCAACGACAAUUCAAUAGUCGAGGGGCAUCGCCCGUGCAACCGUGGAAAAUUUGGACCCAAAUCAAUUCGCAAUAUCAACUCUGCAUGUCCUAUCCCAAUGUACUGGUGGGACCCGCGUCGCUCGAUGAACACAAUCCCGAUGCCGUGCGGCUCUUGCAAGCGUGUGCCGGAUUUCGAAGCGAACAACGAUUGCCGGCGUUGGCGUGGGGAUCGGGAAUUGACGGUGCAAGCAUUUGGAGAUGUUCUCAACCCAAAAUUGGAUUGCAAGGAAAUCGAAGCAGCGCCGAUGAAUUGGUCCUCAAACACAUUAUGGAAGCGGCCAAAUCGGCCAAUGCAUUACGGGAACAACCACUCCCCGUGCGGAUGGAUGCGCAUUUGCUACAAGUCUUCACCGGCGCGUCCGGUCAAGAUUUGGCCAAUACGCACUGGGUCAAGGAAUCCAAUUGUGCUCUAAAGAUUUUGGAUUUACGACCACGCAGUGCUGCCAUGGCCAAUCGAACGGGUGGCUACGGUUACGAGAAUACAUCCAACUAUCCGGGAACGACGUUGCAGUUUUGCAACAUUGGAAACAUUCACGCCGUCCGCGAUGCCUACCAAAAACUUACCGCGCUCUGCCUCAACAUGUCCAAUGCAUCGGAUAUCAAUUGGGGCUCGGCAUUGGAAGAUACCAAGUGGUUGUCUCAUAUUCGAAUCAUUUUGGCGGCCGCUUGGGAAACAGCCUUUUGGGUGCAAGUGCAUCGAAUGCCCGUAUUGUUGCAUUGCAGCCAUGGAUGGGAUCGGACGUCACAGGUCAGUGCAUUGGCACAACUCAUGCUCGAUCCGUACUAUCGAACGUUGGAGGGAUUUGCCUGUCUCAUGGAGAAGGAUUUUAUGAGUUUAGGACACCCGUUUCAUACCCGCUGUGCACAUGGCGAGGGCAAGGGUGGAGCCGAAGGAGGUGGGGGUGUGCAUCAUCAAGACGGUUCUGGAAAGGGCCCCGCGGCGGUGGGAAACAGCAGCGCACCGGAUGAAGGCCAGAUUUCUCCCGUCUUUCUCCAGUUCCUGGACUGCGUUUGGCAAAUUGUCCAGCAAUUUCCCGAGUGCUUUGAGUUUACCACUACCUACAUACUGGAAUUGAGCGAUCACAUUUAUUCGUGUCGGUUCGGGAACAUGCUCUGUGAUACCGAGCGAGAACGUGAGUUGGUGGCGGGAAUUCGGCAACGGACCUAUUCGGUGUGGGAUCACUUGGAACAAGAUCCCAACGAUCCAAACAGUGAUCCGGAGGCCAAGUUGUGGCGCAACCCGCACUACGAUCCAAGUCCCACGGCAGGAGGAGGCGUCUUGUUGAUGCCAAUGUCAACCUUGCUGCGAAAUGUUACGUUAUGGCGUGAGAGACAUGCUCGUUCGGGACCCAAGGCGACAAAACGAUGGCGAAACACAUUCACGUCCUAGCAAGUUGAUGCACGCAUUGGUUUCAUGAUUGAGGUUUGUUAGCAGCCCACGAUCGUUUGGCUUCCAGCCUUGCGUGAGUUUGCUGAUACCUGGUAGGCUUCUGCCACACUAAUAGUGCUAGUAGAGGAAUGAACAGAUGUAACCCUUUCUUCGUCCGCACGCAGAGAUCCAGUCUGUGGUCUCACUUGACGGAAUUCCAAUGACCAUACACACCAAAACCCCC